UUGAUUCCUGAGAUCACAUUUGUAAAACCGCAGACAAAUUUCAAGCGAAACCUAGUUAACAAUAAUUAUAUGAUUAGGUGAUUCAAAUCCGUAUCUAGAAUUUAACCAAAAGCAAUUUCUUCGCCACGGUUUGUGACAAUUUUGAGAAAUGCGGGAUAGCCUAACCCUCAAUUACCAUUUACAUAACGGUCAAGGUUUAUUCGCCAUCCAGUUGUGACAACCAGAAUGCCAAUUUUGGGGCGUCUUGUUACAAUGUCUGAAUUUCCACACCUAAUAAUUAUGCGGUUAUGCAUACAAUUUUCGCGUAUCCACGAGGAAGUUUGUUCUUAUUUUUUUAAUAUAAAAGCUUUGCAAAUAUCCACACUCUUCAGUAAACUACUCACUCAACGGCAAAAUGGUGAAAUAUAGCAUUAUUUUCGCUUUGUGCCUCUACCUUCCAACUGUUCUUUGCCUUCCAGAGGAAAUGCAAGAGUUGGUAACCAUGUUACACGGGACUUGUGUGGCAGAAACAGGAGUAUCUGAAGACCUCAUUGUUAGAGUCAACAAAGAGAAAAAAAUGAUCGACGACGACAAACUCAAAUGCUACAUCAAGUGUCUUUUGACCCAGACGGCCUGCAUAAGCGACGAUGGUGUCGUGGAUGUGGAAGCUACCAUCGCCCUUCUUCCCGACGAAAUGAGGAAAGUCUCCGAACCCAUCAUUCGGAAAUGCGGCGCUAAAAUGGGUGCUAACCCCUGCGAGAGUGCCUGGUUGACCCAUAAAUGUUACAUGGAAAGCAAUCCAGACGUCUACGAACUCAUUUAGGGUGGGUGUAAAGACGAGGAUUUUGGAGGAACCGCAUUGUCGACAUAUUUUUUUAUGUGAUUGUAUACA